UGGGUACAGUAAAUGAGAAACAUUCCAUAUGCUAAUAUGUUGGAGCUCACAGAGUUUGUUUUAAUCUAAACUGAUAAACACUUAGUCUGAUUAGUGCACUCUUAAACGUGUAGUGCUGCAAUCUACUACACCAAACUACCUUUGGGGCAAUGUAAAUAAACUGGACUCUCAACAAGGUCUGCUUUAUGAUAACUUGGUGAAAAGGCUCAACUUUGGAAGUAUGCAGUAAACAGACACCAACUAACUUAAUCGUUGGACUGUAGCUUUAAGAACCAAGGAAAAGGAUAGCUACAUGCUCGUCCUUUGAAAGUGAGCCCCCAGCAACCAAUGGUAACAGGUCCAGUCCCCCCACCACCUAAAUCAAAGACAACUUCAGUUGAUGUUAACAAAGAACAGACUGAAGAAAUCCUUAAUGCAAUCCUACCUCCCAGAGAAUGGAUGGAAAGCAACCAGCUGUGGGUGCAACAGGUAGCUAGUACCCCUUGCACUCGCAUGGAUGUGGUUCACCUGCAGGAACAGCUGGAUCUGAAGUUGCAACAAAGACAGGCUCGCGAGACGGGAAUCUGCCCUGUGCGCAGGGAGCUCUACUCACAGUGCUUUGAUGAGCUGAUCAGACAGGUCACCAUUAACUGUGCAGAGCGUGGGCUGCUUCUGCUUAGAGUGCGAGAUGAGAUCCGCAUGACUAUUGCUGCUUACCAGACUCUGUAUGAGAGCAGUGUGGCGUUCGGUAUGAGGAAAGCUCUGCAAGCCGAACAAGGGAAAUCUGACAUGGAGAAAAAGAUUUCCGAUUUGGAAAGUGAGAAGAGGGACUUUGAGAGGCAACUGAAUGAGCAGAAAGCAAAGUGUGAAGCUAUUGAGAAACGUGAGGCUGAGAGAAGACAGGUGGAGGAGAAGAAACACACGGAGGAAAUCCAGUUCCUCAAACGAACCAACCAGCAACUCAAGGCACAGCUGGAAGGUAUUAUUGCUCCGAAGAAAUAAGUGGACCAGAAAAUCUUACAUCUAUUGUUUCCAUUAUGUAAUACUGUUUUUAUUAAAUUCUUAUAUAAAACACUCCCCGAUUUGUUUUUGUACCCCAAAUACAUUUUAUGUAAAAGUAUUUUAAAACAAACAGGUUCUGUACUAAGAGUAGUUGCCUCAAUUUUAAUUGUGUGGAAUUGACCUAGGUACUAGGUAGUCUGGAAACCACAAUGUGCAGUUUGAGAGUGCAGCAUCUACUACAUAAUGAUGUCCUAGCAUGGCAUCUUCUGAAUAGCAAUAAUGACUGGUAACUCUAAACAUGUGUUGCCCACAGUUUUGUCCAGAUAUUUAUGUCCAGGUAAUAAUGGAACAGGAGCAGAAUACCAUAUAGAUAAUAUUGGAUGUAUUGUUUUUUUCUCAAUUACCCAGAAACAAACUCAAAUCCAACUUAUCUUAGCAUUCUGGUAAAAAUCCUGAUCUGAAGUGUACCUUU